AUGCCGACACUCGGCGGCGACGUUUUUCCAUUCCGCGCACUGCCUCUACAUCGAUCUUUGGACCCCUCGUUUUACUGGGUGUUGUGCUUCUGGCAAGUCCAGAACCUCUCCCUCUCUCUCAACGCCCAUAUAAAGGCGGGAGAGAUCGCAGAGGACUGCAGCAGGAAAGAAAAAGGCGUUUGUUGCCUCGCUAGCGGGCAUUGA